CCUGAUUCAAAAGGUCACGUGACAUAGUCAGCGUGGGGAUUGUUUACAGAGUACGUGCUACAUCCGUGAACAGAUGAACAUGGCGCAGGGGAAACAGGCCGUCGGUGGACUGUAAACAAGAGGAAAUUUUGGGAUAAGGCUGGCAUCGUACCAUGCACGUGUGAAAUGGUCUCAAAGUCGAUAUACUGGACCACUUGUUCUGCUUCAUUGAUGAUUACGAGGCGACAGAUUGAGUGCAACACAUCCAAUUGCAUUCAUAAACAUUUCUAUAGGACUUCAAACCCCUGAGCAUCCAGUGUUUUGGAUAUUUAAACAACAAAUCCUUGUUUUAUUGUGGAUGGCAUACUUGCAUGACCAAAUGGCUGCAAUUGGAAAAGUCAAACGGAGUAAAGAUCUUCCUCAAGGCGUCGAGAGGUUGAAAGAGGAGCACAGAAAGGUGGUGAAAGAUUGCACAAGUCAAAUUGAGCACUGGAGUAAAGUUGAAAAAGACUAUGAAUCUCUUCAAGACCGCCUCAGGACUUUGCCUGACAAGUUGUCUUAUGAUAUUAUGGUACCAUUUGGUCCCUUGGCUUUCAUGCCUGGAAAGCUAGUUCACACUAAUGAGUUAACGGUGCUCCUUGGGGAUAACUGGUUUGCAAAGUGUUCUGCCAAACAAGCCGACACUCUUGUGGAACACAGAAAGAAACAUGUCAAGAAUGCGCUUGAUGACUUGCAGAAAGUGGUGAAGAACUUUCAGAAAAGGGCCGACUUUACAGACGAUCUUAAAAAAUUGACUGGUGAUACUGAAGAUUUUCUAGACAUUAGAGAGGAGGUAAUAAAUGAGGAGGAAUUUACCAAAGGAAAACAUCGUCUGGCUCACAAACCCAAUUCUAAACCUAAGCAGGAGUAUUUAUUGGAGCUGGAAGAGGACAAGGAGAAGAAAGAAGGCGAUGAGGAGAGAACGACAGGGCUGCUGUCAGAAGAGGAGCUGUGGGCCCGACUUGAUGAACUAGAACGUGAGGAGGAACUUCAAGAUGAGAGAUACCGAUUGGACAGCACAGACACUAAUGGAGAAGACACCACUUCCUCCUCAGAGGAAGAGAAGGAAGCAGAAGGUGGCAGCGGUGUCCAGGUUAAUGGCCAUCAGAAGGAAAAUGGCUGGGUACCGUCAUCUAUCACAAGUCAGAUGAACGGCACUAAUGGCUCACACCCUGAGGAUGAGGAGGAGGAAGAUUUUGAUGAGGAAGCAGGCAGUGGUCUUCCAACUAUCUAUUUUUCUCAUACUGCGGAAUUCAAAAAGGUCAGGAUUAAUACAGGAAAGAACACCACUCUGAAAUUCAGCGAAAGAAAUGAACAAAAGGCACAAGCCAAGCGAAAAAAGAAAAGUGGCAAAAGUAACGGCCAUUCUCCUCAUGAAGGUUACAAGAUCACAAGCCCAACAGACAUUUAUAGGGUGUUUGUUGAUUUGGUGAAUGGAGAGCCGGUACCACGCAAGUCCAUUUUGAAGUCCCGCAGCCGUGAGAACAGUGUGUGUAGUGACACCAGCGAGAGCAGCACAGCUGACUUCGAAGAGCGCCGUGCUGCUUUUGGACGCUCGUGGAGCCAUGAUGACGCCACACACAGUGAUACCAGCGAUGGCAUUACAGAGGAGGAAAGCCCCACCGGAACGAGCCCCCGCACUAACGGACGCUUUGAGGCUUUUACAGGCACAGUGAUUGAAAAGGAUCCCCUGCCUUGCUCCAUCCCACACCUGACCAUCGUCCCUCCUGCCUUACCCACAAUCCCCGAGAGAAAGCUGGAGGAGGUGGGCCCCGAAGCUCCUCAGGAGCCACCCAAGAGGAUGUCCAAGUUUAAAGCUACACGGUUGCAUCAGACAUGAGUUCAUCUCAUCAACACACAACUUUUAAAUUCGGUUUUGUACAAACUAAACUCUCAUAGUCAUACUUUCCCACUAUCUGCCCUCUUUUUCUGUCCUCCACACUACUCGUAUACUGUCAUCAAUUAUUUUUAUCUUUUUUUGGUUGCAUGCACCCUGGACAUUUUAUUUGCUCUAUAAGAGUAAUUAAAAGAGAUUACAAAUUAUUUCCCUGCAGUUUGCUUUUUUAAAUGCCAGAUGGUUUAUUUAAAAGAAUAGUUCACCAGAAAAUCAAAACUGUCCUCAUUUACUCACCUUUUUUCUUUCCUGUUUUUCUUCUGUGGAACACAAAGGAAGUUAUUUUGAAGGAAGUUGGAAAUCGUUGUUUCACAGAAGAAUCGAUCUUCAUGAGAUUAAGUGAGGACAGAAUUUUUUUUUUUUUUUUUUUUUUGUGAACAAUCUCUUUACAUUAUGAAGAAGCUGCACAUUUAGGUAUCUUUUGUGUGUAUUUGUUUCAAUUAAUAAUUAUUAAAAAUAAAAUGAAAAAAAAAUGCUAAAAUGUUUUCAAGACAAACAAAAUAGUAGUUUUAGUGACAUCAUGACUGAUGACAUCAUUGUCAUUGUUGUGAUGUGGUCUAUGAUCUGGAUGUUUUUGGAAAAUGCUUUUAUCAAAGUUAAUUCUCAUUUUGUUAAUUCGUGACAUUUAUGUGCAACUUUGACAUAUGUUGGCCAUGGAAUAGCUGCCAGUUUCUGUCACCAUUAAAAAAAAAUUUCUCUCAUCUCGUUUUGUAUCUUGUUUACAGAGUUUUGGCUUUGUACAUCAGCUUUCUUGUGACUGCUGGAAAAAUGCUGAAAUGUUGAACUGAAAAGGAAAAAAAUAAAAUGAUUUUGACUGUA